AGCCGAACCAUCUUCGUUCCUAGGAAAAUCUUGUAUGUAAACAAGGUCAGUCAUACUGCAGCAUACAGUCAACUUGUUCUCCAGUAGAAUUACUCCUGUGUAUAGAAGACACCAAUCGGCUUACAUUACAACAUUGUGACAGAGCCUCAGCACAGUUUCCAAGAUGAUGCAGUGUUUCCACUUUAUAGUUGAGCCGGUCAAGAACAUCACAGCCAAGCUUAAGGAAUCUCAAAAGAGGGCGAAGAAUGAGAAGCGAGAGCCACUGGAAGAGAAUCAGCUGUUUAUAGUGGAGCUGGCUAGAGAUCUCAAUAGAGUGUGCCAGAGGUCUGAGGUGCUGGGGAACAUCUGGAAACUAGAGGACAUCUGGCCCACUCCUCUUUGCAGGGCCUUCAUCCUGGAGUGGGCAUCUCUGCUGGAGAGCAAGCAGAAGAGGCCCAUGCAGUCGGAUGGCUGGCCAGAAGAGAGCGAGUGGAGGGAACAGGACCUGUUCAGUGAGAACGAGAUGGAGAAUGCUAAGAGGACCAUCAUUAACUGGACGAAGGACCUGAGAGCCCAACCUGAGCAAAGUGUGUGGCCUGGGGAGGCUGUGGCUCAAGUUCUGGAGGACCUCCAGGCUGCAUGGAGGAGUCGCCACAUGCCCAACCUCCUGACAGCCAUGGAACUGCUCAUGUGGGUCUUACUGACACAGGGCCUGGACAAGGAAGCCAUCCCUCAGCAGUGGCUCAUAUGGAAGCAGAGGACUCAGAAGAUAGCUGCUGCCCACUACAUUCCUCACUCAGUAUGGGACUGGAUCUCUAAUGCAGCAGUGGAGAUUUCCCUUGACCUGGACACGGCCAACCCUGACCUGCUGAUCUCCAACGACGAGAAGAAGAUGCGCUGCGGCUCCGAGAGAAAGGAUGUGCCAAACUACCACCAGCGAUUCGAUGGCUGGUGGUGCGCCACAGGGGUGGAGGGUUUCAACUCUGGCCGCCACUACUGGGAGGUGGAGGUGGGGGAGCGGGACUUUCGGCUGGGUGUGGUCAAGGAGUCAGCCCUGAGGAAGGGCUUCAAGUCCCUGAACACAGAUACGGGCUACCUGACCCUGCGCCUGGAGAGGGGCACGGAGCUCAAGGCCCUGACUGUGCCCUUCACUGCCCUGCCGCCUGGUCUCAUCUCCCGCAAGGUGGCCGUCUACCUGGACUACGAACAGGGCCAGCUGUCCUUCUACGACAUAGACAGCCGCUCCCACAUCUACACCUACAAUGAGAGCUUCAACGAGAACCUGUUUCCUCUGUUCGGCACGACGGAGAUCAUUAAGGACCUGGUGAUCAAGUCCCCUGGGAGCAAGGCCUAUUGUCUCUGUCCCUCCCUGUGCCUGUGGGGCUGAACUUUCCCUCUUAACACCAUCCCUUCACCCUAUGGUUACCCUCUCACCACUCCUGUAGAGUAAUCAGAACCUUCGUUACUGUAAAGAACUAGACCAUCAUGAUAUUGGAUAGCUAUGUGACCACUGAUGCUGCUGCUUCUAUGUGAUUCUUUCUGCCUCUUCCUUACUCCAGUUAUGCUAUGCACUCACAUGCUCUGUAUUUUCGUACAUUUGAAAGAAUACCGUAGUAUUAUUGUAAUCUAUUGUGAAAUAUUAAUCCUGCAAUAACAAUGCACCUUCCGUGAUGAAUAAAUAUACGAAACUCAAAGGUU